GGCCGCCAAAUUCCCGAAGAAAUAGAACAAAUGAUCAGAAGGUAAUAAUUUAAUGACUUCUUAUGUAAAAAAUUUAAAUUAACUAACGAACUGAAAUGCUAAUACAAUUUUCCAAAACAGGGCAUUCAUGUAUAUAGGGAACGCACAUGAGUAUCUUGGCCCGUGGCUAGGAAUUAACCAAGCAAACUGUCCAAGACAACCUAAAAGCCAAGAAUGUGGUUUUUAUGUUUUGAAAUAUAUCACUGACAUCGUCGCACGUGCAAACCACAGCCGUUACAUACAAGAUCAAAAUGCUGUAAGUUUUAAUUAUUGAUUACAGUAUAUAUUUAUUAUAAUAACAAAUAUAUAAUAUACAUAUAUAUAAACUAAUAUAAAUUUUUAAUUUUUUUAACAGUUUGAGGGUAAGAAGCAAUACGAUCCAAAAACGGAAUUAUUACCUCUACAGCGAAAGUGGAUAGAACAAUUGAUGGCGCUGAUUCACGUUGACGAUUGAGGUUGAAAGGCCCAAGAAUUUUCCUUCAUUAUGUAAUUUUUAUAGAUUAACUUGUAGUUAGAUUUAUUAACUUAUUAAUAGUUUUGACUAAUUUUACAUUAGUGUUUGUAUAAUAUUUAAUUACUUUUAUGAAAUGAAAUUAUGUAUUUUACCCAAAUUUAAAUAAUAUUUAACUUACAUUUUAAAAAAUAAAUUUGUAAUUUAAAUUAAAUAAAAUAAUAUAUAAAUUAAUAAAUAUAUAAUUAAAAUUAUAUAAUUAAAUUAAAAAAAAUUGAAAAAACUGAAAUUCGCGACCUUUUGGCGUCAGUUGCUACGCCACCUAUGGCGUCGGUUAUUUGCUAGGCGUCGGUUCAUAUAAACCCUUUAAUGUCGCCCUGAUCAGCGUCGGUGGCAAAUUUUGCGAAAACCGACGCUGAAAGGGCUUAAAAAUCGCCUCUAAAGGGGGUUUUUGUAGUAGUGUAUGGUUUUAUGUAAUAAAUUUUCAAAAUGUAUAAGUUUUUCAAAUAAUUUUUUUUUGCACAUUUUUUGUAAUUAUUUUAUUUUUGUUGUACAUUUAUGAAAAAAGCCCAUAUUUAUAUCUUUUGUGGACUUUUAAUUACCAAAAUACCACUUGCACUAUCACUUACACAGUUUGACGAUGGUUGCUGGGUAGUUGAUCGAAAGUUGCAUCAGACGAAGGUUGCUAGGUAGUUGGUCGAAGGUUGCAUCAGCCGAAGGUUUCGAUCAGACGAAGGUUGCUGGGGGAUUUCUAGGUGGUUGACCGCAGAUUGCAUCAGAUGAAGGUAGCUGGGUGGUUGACCGAAGGUUGCAUCAGACGAAUGUUUCAAUCUUAGGAAGCAUGGAUCAUGUGUUGCUGUUGAAAUUGUAAUACAACAAUUAUAUCUGUUGCGAGAGCCAACUAAUGUGCAACUUAAUUGCAACUAAAAAAUGUAAAAAUGUGUGUACAUGUAAGAAACCAUUUGUCAGUAUUUUUUUGUCACUGAUCGAUAAUUACUUGUACCUUAAUAGUAAUAUGUGGAGAAAUAACUGUUAGCAAAAUAUUUAUGCAACUGUUAUGAAACAUUAAAAUUGUGGUUCUGAUCGUCUUUUCAGGUAAAGUUGCCAAAAUUAAUUGCGGUUCUCUUAUCUGGUUAAAUUUUCGUUUCGGUUGCGUUGGGUUGAUGCAUGGUGGCCCAAGAAGCAUGAAUCCUGAGUUGAAAGUGUGUGUAAGUAUAGUAUUUGUGUAAAUUUUUUUAUUUAAGCUGUAUAUUUAUUUAUUUGGCCAAUUAAAAAUAUUUUUAUAAUAUUAUUAAAACUCAAAAAAUCCCUAAAAGAGGAAAUUAAUUUAAGCUCCCAAACUCAAAGUAACCAUUUCCUUUGUUGUGAUUAAGUCAAAGUUAAUGUCAUUGUCAAUUCUCAUUACCAAGAAAAAUUACAAAAACAAAUAUUAUAUAUUAUGGGGGCCACACAGUACAUAUGGAUCAUCCAGAGCCAAUAUAAAUAAAGGCAAAAUUAGCUAUCUAUCUCUAUGAAUUACUCAUUCUAAAUUACUUAGAAAUUAAAUACACAAACUCGAUCAAGCUAAUUAGCUAAGCUCUCUUCUAUCUAUCUAUACAUAUUUAGAUAUAAUUAAUCAUCAAGAAGUGGUUUAUAUAUAUACAUGAUCAUCUGAAAAUGGAGAAUAAUAAUAAUAAGGAAAUUAUUAUUACAAAGUCAUCAUGUGGAUGUGGUGAUGAUGAUGAAGAAAAGGGGUACUGUUGUUCAUCAGAGAUUAGAUCUGCCAUUGAAAGAGUGUCCAUGAUGGUCAAAGCAGUUAAUAGUAAACCAGGUCAUGAUGAUGAUACUGAUGAAUUAGCAGUACCUCUUCCUCCUAAUUCUCCUGUACAUCAUCAUCAUUAUAUACCCACCAAGCCUUUUCUUUCACUAUGCAAUAUUUUGGUUCUUCAAGUACUUGAUAAGAUUGGACCAACUAUGGCAGUUCUAAGACAAGAUGUCCACCAAAAUAUUCAGAGACUUGAAAAAGUUCAUGAAUGUGAUCCAACAUUGUAUGCAAAUGUGGUUGAGAUGGUCAAAAAAGAGGUCACCCAAGGACUUGCAAGAAAAGGGCCUAGCUCCACUAAGGCCUUUCUUUGGCUAACCAGGUCGUUAGAUUUCACAGUGACACUAUUGGAAAAAUUAUCAAGUGAUGAGAUGAUGAGCAUGGAGCAAGCUGUGGAAGAGGCUUAUAAUAUUACCUUAAAACCAUGGCAUAGAUGGAUAUCUUCAGCUGCCUUUAAGGUAGCUCUGAAAUUAGUACCAGAUCGUGAAUACUUCAUUAGUCUUAUUUUGGCCAAAGAUGAAAAUUAUGCUACUCUUAAGGAGGAGAUGCACACUUUGAUUCUAUUACUUACUCCAUUACUCGCUCACAUUCAUUCUAUUCUGAGAUUUUACGGCUUGGACCGGCUAAGGGCCACAUGAAACAACAUUAAUUAUAUCUAUACAAAUGACACAUUUGUAUAUUGAUCUAGCUAUAUAUAAUAAAAAAUGUUACAAUUGGGAAAUUAAGUAGGUAUAGCUAGGCAUGAGCUGAAUGCAAAUUAGUUAAUAUAAAUAGUAUAUCAUUUAAUUUGCAUGGGAGGGAUAUGAUCUCCCUCAUGAUCAUGAAUGUAUCUGACCAUAUAUAGUGUGUAUGGACACUGGACAGUAUUAGUGCUGCUGUUAUAUAUUACUAUAUAUGAUUCCACUCUGAUGUUAUAACUAUUAAUUAAUGCUUUCAUAAAAUUAUAUUAAUUAAGCUUUUAAUUACUGCUAAUUACCAUUUAUAUGUUUUGUUUUGCAAAAUAAUCUAUAACCUAUAUAAUUAGCUUUUUGGCCUUUCACUAAUUGAAUUACAUAAUUAGCCUUUAUUAUAUAUUCAAUUAUAAAAAUUUUAACUAAGUAAUUGAAACAUGUACACUAUUUACUUUUUUUUUUUUUCUAAACUAAGCUUCUCCCUAAUUAAUAUUUUAUCUUUUGUGAAUAUUUGUGAAAAUGAGUAUUUUGUCUUAUGUUUUUUUUUUUUUUUGCUAUCAAUAAGUAUAUUUUCAAAUAAAUAAUGCCUCUUUAUUUUUUAAGCUAAUUUUAUUAAUAAUUAUUAUUUAUAUAACCAUGCUUUUAUAUAUAUAUAUAUAUAUUUUUUUUAAUGAAACCAUGCCUAUAUAUUAAUAAGCAUAUAAUAUAAUAAAAGAGAAUUAUAUAUGUGUAUAUA